AUUUGCCUCUCUUUCUCUUGGGCUCAGACUCAAAUAUAGAAUAAGUUAAAAAAACCCAAAAACUCUUGAGAUCUAAUCUCCCUCCUUUCUUUUUUUGCCUCCUCCCUCCCCUUUCCUUUUAAGGAAGUACCAGAGCGUCUCACUUUGGAUCCUUUCAUACUAAAGCAGGGAUCUUUAUGGACCACUGGCUGACUUACCCACUUCGUUAUUCGAUCAAAACUCAAGUUUAUUGUAUCUAGUCUAAUGGAUCUUUAAGAAAUUUGUGGCAUUGUCUUUCAUAUAAGAGCUUUGGAAAGGCAACGCUUGGCAUUUGCAACAGAGAAUUACAUAGCAGAUAUUUUUGGGUAGAAGAACUUCAAAACUACGUAAAUGACGCGGGGGAGAUCUGAUCUGUCUCAAAAGAAGCGUAUAAUCACAUCUCUGUGUGUUUUGGGAAUCUUUCUUGGUUUCCUGUAUGUAUAUCAUGGAUCCAUUUUUGGCUCUCAAAGUCAUGGUGCAUCAGCACUAGAAUAUGGUAGCAGAUCCUGGAGAAAGCUCGGUUCAUCUUAUUUGGGAGGGGAUGAAGAUAAUGAUAGCAAGCAGGAUGAAUCUUCAACAAAAUAUGGGCAGGAAGAUGGAGAGGAGGAUGUCAUUGUGAAGAGCUUCCCUGUUUGUGAUGAUCGGCAUUCAGAACUUAUUCCCUGCUUAGACAGAAAUCUUAUAUACCAAAUGAGACUGAAGCUGGACCUGUCUUUGAUGGAGCACUAUGAGAGACAUUGCCCUGCUCCAGAACGGCGGUACAAUUGCUUGAUUCCUCCUCCACCAGGGUACAAGGUCCCAAUCAAAUGGCCCCAAAGCAGAGAUGAAGUAUGGAAAGUAAACAUACCUCAUACUCACCUUGCACAAGAGAAAUCUGACCAGAACUGGAUGAUUGUAAAAGGUGAAAAGAUAGUGUUCCCUGGGGGAGGCACACAUUUUCACUAUGGAGCCGAUAAGUAUAUUGCUUCAAUUGCAAAUAUGCUCAACUUUUCAAAAAACAAUUUAAACAAUGAAGGAAGGUUACGAACAGUUUUUGAUGUUGGUUGUGGAGUUGCAAGUUUUGGAGCCUAUUUGCUAUCGUCCGAUAUCAUGGCAAUGUCCUUGGCACCCAAUGAUGUGCAUCAAAACCAGAUCCAAUUUGCUUUAGAAAGAGGAAUUCCAGCAUAUCUUGGUGUUCUAGGAACCAAAAGGCUUCCUUACCCAAGCAGAUCCUUUGAACUUGCCCACUGUUCCCGUUGUAGAAUUGAUUGGCUUCAAAGAGAUGGGAUCCUUCUUCUUGAGCUGGAUAGGUUGCUCCGACCAGGAGGCUACUUUGCAUACUCAUCACCAGAAGCAUAUGCACAAGAUGAGGAGGAUCUUAAAAUAUGGAGAGAGAUGAGUGCCCUUGUGGAACGCAUGUGUUGGAGAAUAGCUGCAAAAAAGAACCAAACUGUCAUUUGGCAAAAACCACUAACAAAUGACUGUUAUAUGGAAAGAGAACCUGGUACUCAACCUCCUCUCUGCCGAUCUGAUGAUGAUCCAGAUGCAGUAUGGGGUGUGCCAAUGGAAGCUUGCAUCUCAACAUACUCUGAUCAUGACCAUAGGGAAAAGGGGAGUGGAUUGGCCCCCUGGCCAGCUAGAUUGACAGCUCCUCCUCCUCGACUUGCUGAUUUUGGCUAUUCAAAUGAAAUGUUUGAAAAAGAUACGGAACUUUGGCGACACAGAGUUGAGAAUUAUUGGAAUCUCUUGAGUCCGAAGAUCGAAUCAAACACUCUGAGGAAUGUGAUGGAUAUGAAAUCAAACAUGGGGUCGUUUGCAGCUGCUCUGAAGGACAAGGAUGUUUGGGUGAUGAAUGUUGUCCCUGAAGAUGGACCAAAUACACUUAAGCUGAUAUAUGACAGAGGCCUUAUAGGCUCCGUUCACAGCUGGUGUGAAGCCUAUUCGACAUACCCCCGCACUUAUGAUUUACUCCAUGCUUGGACUGUAUUCUCUGACAUAGAAAAGAAAGAAUGUAGUGCUGAGGAUCUGUUGCUUGAGAUGGAUCGCAUACUCCGGCCUACUGGUUUCAUAAUCAUCCGUGACAAACAAUCAGUGGUAGAUUUCGUUAAGAAGUACCUAACGGCAUUGCACUGGGAAGCAGUGGCAGUAGCCGACUCCAGUAUAGAUUCAGACCAGGAUGGAGACGACGUUUUGUUUAUUAUCCAAAAGAAAAUAUGGCUGACAAGUGAAAGCCUCAGGGAUUCGGAAUAGGAAAAUGCCCUCUUGGGUCCCUGUUUCAGUUUCCCAUUAUUUAUCUGCUGCUUCAAGGGAUUAAAAGCGUGUCCCAAGCGGUGAUCUAGUAACAGUAAAUUUUGUAGCAUUAAAUGAAGUUUACAUCAUUUCUUUUUUUUUUUUUUAUAUUUAUUUUUCUUUUGGGUAUUGAUUUUAUUUAUAAAGCAAAGGACUAACUGCAUCUAUAGGCUACUCUUCAAAUUUUUUUUUUCUCUCUUUUUGGAUUUUCUGUAAGCUACUUUGCUAUUCAUUAAUAAUCAAAUCAUAUGGCUUCCAAAUUAUGAAACUUA